AGAUAGAAACGCAACACCGUACCAGAUAAUCAGAUGCUCCAUCGCUGACGAACCUCUGUAACUCGAACCGAGUCGAUGGCUGCACUCAACCUCUCAUCUUCAUUACACUCUCCAUCUUCUCUUCGAAGAUUCCCCAAUUUUCAUCCUUCCAGAAGUACCCCCACUAUUUCCUUUUAUUCCCUUCCCAAACCAUCUAUUCCAUUUCCGUCCACAUCGCUUGUGCAGAAAACCGCUCUAAUAAGUCGCCGUCUCAACGUCGUCGUUUCGGCGGUGAAGAAUUUAUCUGAGACUGAGUUGGUGCCCGUUUCGUCGGAAAACGAAUUCCCAUCCGAUUCCGGUGUUUAUGCCAUUUACAAUGACAGCGACGACCUUCAAUUCAUCGGCAUAACCAGGAAUCUCGCCGCCAGUGUUCUCACCCACAAGAAAUCCGUGCCUGAGCUCUGUUUCUCCGUGAAGGUUGGGGUGGUAGAGGAGCCUGAUAAAACUGCUUUAACCGAAGCAUGGAAGUCAUGGAUGCAAGAACAUAUAGCAGCUUCAGGGAAGGUUCCACCAGGUAACGAACCAGGAAAUACAACAUGGGUGAAGAAGGCAGCUCCGAGAAAGAAGCCUGAUCUGAGGUUGACACCUGGCAGUCACGUCCAACUGACAGUACCUUUGGAAGAUCUCAUCGACAGGUUAGUGAAAGAGAACAAAGUGGUAGCAUUCAUCAAAGGGUCAAGAAGCGCCCCAUUAUGCGGAUUCUCACAAAGGGUCGUUGGAAUUCUUGAAAGUCAAGGGGUGGAAUAUGAAAGUGUUGACGUACUGGAUGAAGAGUACAAUUAUGGUUUAAGGGAGACUUUGAAGAAGUACAGUAACUGGCCUACUUUCCCUCAGGUUUUUGUUAAUGGUGAUCUCCUUGGUGGCUGUGAUAUAUUGACCUCCAUGCAUGAGAAUGGUGAACUUGCUGGUCUCUUUAAACAGUAGGCUGUUUUGGUUUGUUAUUACAUUCUCUGUGUAAGAGGUGAGAUAAGAAAAUCUAGUGAAUGCCCUUUACUUCUCUCCAGCUGUUUAUCCCCCAAAUUUAUAAAUUAAUAAUUAUUAAAUUUUGAUUAUUUGAUCAAUUUCAAAUAUAUUA